CUGGGUUUCAUUAAACCCAGCAACUCCCCGUGGGGUGCACCAUCCUCUUUGCUCGCAAAGCGGAUGGAACUCUUCGUCUCUGCAUCGACUACCGCGGCCUUAACCGCCACACGGUUAAGAACAGCUACCCCAUGCCUCGUUCCGAUGAGCCGUUUGACCGCCUAGCAGGCAACCGCUUCUUUACGAAGAUUGAUCUUUGUAGCGGUUACCAUCAGAUCCGCGUCACUGCAGCCGACCAGCCGAAGACCGCGUUCCGAUCGCGAUUCGGCCACUACGAGUUCACGGUGAUGCCAUUCGGCCUCACCAACGCACCCGCUACCUUCCAGAGGGCGAUGAACGACAUCUUCAGGGACAUCCUGGAGCCGUACGUUCUCGUCUACCUCGACGAUAUCCUGGUCUAUAGUCGUACCCUUGAGGAGCACCUCAGACACCUCCGCGACGUCCUUGACCACUUGCGCAAACAUGGCUUCUACGCCAAACUAAGCAAGUGCCGCUUUGCCCAGCACAAAGUGGAUUUCUUAGGACACUACGUGUCUGACCAGGGUCUCCACAUGGACGACGCGAAGAUCACUGCUAUAGCGGAGUGGCCCGCUCCCACAUCCGCCAAGCAGCUUCGCAGCUUCCUAGGCCUGACCAGCUACUAUAAGUGUCCCACCUGUCAGGAGGUGAACAAUGUGAACCACCUACCUUAUGGUUUGCUCCAGCCUCUUCCUAUCCCUGAGGGGCGUUGGCAGUCCAUCUCGAUGAACUUUAUCGGUCCUCUUCGACCUCCGACCCCCCGCGGUCAUGAUGCUAUCCUGGUCGUCAUCGACCGCUUCACGAAGCGUGCACGCUUUGUUCCGUGCCGCUAUGCCAYCMGUGCACGUGAGGUCGUCGACAUCGUAUUUGACCGAGUCGUGCGUGACCACGGCUUACCUCUGAGCAUCAUAUCUGACCGUGACCCGCGCUUUACCAGCCGAUUCUGGCGACGGCUCCACGAGGUGUACGGCACUCAGCUCCGCUUCUCCUCGUCUUACCAUCCUCAGACUGAUGGUCAGACCGAGAUCACGAACAGGACUGUCGGGGAUAUUCUCCGAAAGAUUGUUCGUGACGACCAGCAGUGGGAUCUUCAUCUUGCCCACGCGGAGAUAACCUACAACCACGCCGUCUCGCCAGCCACGGGGAUGUCGCCUUACUAUUGCGACCUCGGCUAUCACCCGCGUGUUCCCGCGGACUUCCUUCGACCGUCCCAGAUGCACCCCGACACGAGUUGUCCCGCGCUGGAUGAUUGGGUUGCACACAUGACGUCGAUUAUGAAGACCGCACAUGAGCACAUAGCCGCUUCCCAGACUCGCAUGGCAGCACGUGCGAACCGAUCGAGGAUGGAUCACCCAUUCAAGGUCGGUGAUGAUGUGCUUAUCAACGCCCGCCACUUACAUCUCGAAGCGGACACGCUUCGCAAGUUUCGGCGUCGCUUCUUUGGCCCAGGCCGCAUCCUCCAGGCCGUCGGUUCUGAUACGACAUCUAGCCCGGUCAGCUUUCGUGUGAAGCUGCCCGACUACCUACGCCAGGCUCGUGUGCAUGAUGUCUACCACGUCUCGUUACUGCGUCCUUACCGCAGACCGUCUGAGUGUUUCGCUGGACGACCAUACGAGCGCCCUCCACCCAUCAUGGUGGACGGCCACAAGGAGUUCCUCGUUUCAGACAUCAUUGGUCGCCGAGUCACCGACGACAACCCUCCCCACAUCGAGUAUCUCGUACGUUAGAAGGGUUACCCUGAUGAGGAGGCUACCUGGGAGCCCCUCGAGCACUUGCAGCACGCUCGCAUGUUGGUGCGUGCCUAUGACCGUGC